AUGGAAAAGGAGCCCUCGAAACACAAAAAGAAAACGACUGCUAUCCAAUCCCCACGAGAUUUAAAAAGUAAGAAAGACAGCUCGGCCACUUCUCUUCCAUUAACUCCAAAUAGUUACUCCUCAAAGUACUCUUCUUUUUCCGAAGAUAAACUUUUUGAAACUCCACGAAAGACGGACAAUGCCUUCCUCACAAAGACUUUUCUUGGUGUUCCCAACAUAUUACAAAACUCGUUGCGCUAUUUAGAAAAUUUCUUCGCAUCAAAGGCGUUUCAAAAUACAUUAAAUGACACCAAGACCUUUCGCGACUUCUUGUGUUUUGUCGAAGAUGAUAUGUCUUCCAUUCUCUCGCAAUCAGUCACUGAAAGUAUUAUUAAUACAUUCCCUAAUAUCCCAAAAGAAGCAUAUUUGGCAUGUAAUUUGAAUAGACAACAAAUACAACGGUUUCAACACUUGGUCUUCCAAUACAAUAAAAUGCCUCACUUCUUCGAUGAAGAGCCAAAUCUAUUUCAAGGUGGAUAUACCAAUCAGUGUCAAUUCUCAAUACAACAUUAUCGAUUCAACACAACGUGGUAUAUUCUUGAUCCUCUCCACCUUGUUACAGUAAACUUUCAACAAAGGUAUUUCCCUUUUUCAUCAUGA